GGAUAAUGACCUCUAAACCUGAAGACAAAUAUAUACCUGCAAAAGAAAGCUUGCAAGUACAUUCUGAAAUCAAUGAAAAUGAUCCAAAUAAAGAAUUUGAUAAUGAUCAAAUGACUGAUAAAGAUAAUCCCAUAGAUUGUAGGAAAAAGGAUUUUCAAACUAAAUUCGAUAUUGACGAACUAAAGAAGAUAAUACCAAAGGAUCAUUUAUUAAUUUUUAUUCUAAAAGAUCAAAAUCUAUUAGAUAUUGUUGAAAAUGAUGCAAACUUACAAACAUCACUACUCGAAAAUCAAUAUAUAAAAGAUUUAAUUGAUGAAGAUGUCAAUACUCGAAAAGUUAUUGAUAAGAAUCCCAAAGAAAUUGUUAAUUUAUUGAAAGAUUCUAAUUUUAGAGAUAAAUUAAAUAAUAAAUAUGGAAAUUUAUUAAAAUUUGACAUUUUAAAAUCUAAUUUAACAUAUUCACGUGAUGAAUUAAUUAAAUUUAACGAUAAUAUUAAACGUAGUAUGGCUGUAUUGUCUGCAGAAGCAGCAACAUUUCAGAGGGAAACGAAACAAGAUUUAUUGGAUAAUCCAUCAAAAAACUCAUUAGAGUCGUACAAGUUUAUUCCCGAUUUAAGCCAAACAAAUAACUUAAAAGGUUAUGAACAGCAAAUUGAUAAAUUGAUGGGCGAUUUAAAAUUAAUUACCAAUAAAUACCAAUGCGAAAAAAGUAAAGCAGACCAUUUUAAAAGAUUACUUUACGAUAAGAAACAAGAUCUUGACAAACACCUUAUUAACAGUUUACAAGAAAAUAAGAACAAUAGUUUUGAAGCAUUAUUAGAAGCUGAAAUCAAAAAUAAACAAUUACAAGUUGAAAAUGAAACUUUAUAUAAUGAACUUGAAGGUACUCGUCAAGAUUUAGUUAAAAGUACCAUAAAAACCACUGAAUUAGACAGGGAAUUACAAAAGUGCUACUUUGAAAAGGUUAAAUUGAUGGCAAUAGUUAAAAAAUUAAAUGAAACCUUAUCGGAAACUGAAGAACAAAUGAUUAAAGUUAAAAAUGAGAAUCGUCGUUUAGCUAAUGAAUUAAAUAAGGAAUCAGCUAUGUUAAAGGAAUAUCAAUCGAAAUUAAUAAAUAAGGAUACAGAAUUAAAUAAUAAAAUUACAAAGAUUCACACGGAAUAUGAAGAAGCUGUUGAAAUUCUUAAAAAUGAUAAUAGAAUAUUACAAACAAAAGUACUUAUCAUUGAGGAAAAAGUUAAUGAAAAAACCAUUGAAGCAUCCAGAUUUUCCAGUAAGAUGGAAACUGUUAAAUUAAAUUUAAAGGAUAUUAGCACAAAGCUCCAUACAAUGAAGGAAGAAGAUUUGAUGAGUAAGGAAGACAUUGAACAAAUUUUAAACGGAUUUGAAUCGAAGAACAAGGAGAAUUUCGAUUUAAAGUGCGAUUUGGAAAAUAUUAAAUCAAUUCUCAAUGAAUGCGAAACUGAUAAAUCAGCCUUAGAACGAAAUAAUGAACGUUUAGCAGAUAUGAUUCAGAGGAUGCAAGUUGAUAUUAAAGAAAAUUCACGACGCCUUGGAGAUGCUCGUAAAUCAUGCUUGGAAUUUGAGAAACUGUAUAAUGAUAGCCAGGACAAAAAUUCUUCGCUACUAGCCGAAUUAAGACAAUCCAAUAGCCAAUGGCAAGCGGCCGAAAAAGAGAAAGAAAUGCUUUCUGAAAAUCUUAAAAAAGCCAAUGAAGGAAGAUCUAGUCUAGAAGCAAUUGUGUAUAAACUACGAAACGAAUUGGAAAGGAGUCAGUUGGAAAUUGGCGAACAUAAAACUCUUAUAAAUCAACUAAAUAAUCAAGUGUCGUUUCUACAAUCGAUACAAGAAAAUCUAAACAAAGAUCUGAGUAAAUAUCAUCAGAUGCUUAACAACGAAAAGGACCAUCAUUUAUCUUUGAGAGAACAAUACAAAUUAGACGAGAAACAGCAAGGACAGCUAUUUGAUAAAAUAAAACUGUACGAAGUGCAGAUGUCAAAAUUAGAACAGCAGUUGAAAGAAGCAUUUUUUAACGUAGAAGCAUUAAAAGCUGACAAAGAAAAACUUGAGGAGAAGUUAAAGAACUCAGAGAAGAAAUUAGGAAACAGCGAAGAACUCUUGGGUGCUGAACAACUAAAAUUUGAACAUACUCUUGAAAGUAUUCGUAAUGAUUUCAUAAAUGAUUUAACAUAUAGCCAAAAGGAAAAGAAGGCUGUAAGUGAAAAGUUGAAUAAAGUCAGAAAUGAAAUGGAACAACUACGUGAACAAUUACACUUUAAAAAUUCUCAAUUACAAUCGCAUAAACAUUCGUUAGAACAAUUAAAAUUGGAAGUUAAAGGAAGAAGAGAGCUUGAAUUUCAAUUGCUGCAAUCUGAGAAUGAAUUAAAAGAUUGUAGAAAUGAGAUAAACUUAUUUAAAGAACAAGCUAAUGAAACUAAUAUAAAAUUGAAUGAAAACAUAGAAAUGAAUACUAAACUCUCUAUAAACGUUAAACAAUUGAAAGAACAACUUGAAGUAAAUAAAAGAGAAGACGAAAGGAAUUUAAUUAAGCUACGUAAAAGUUUGGAGGAGACAAUGAAACUUUCUAAAGAUGAAAUUGAAGACCUUAAAGAACAACUUUUUAAAACUAAAGCCGAUUUACAAACUUGUCAGGCGUCAAAAUUGGCACUAGAAGAAUCAAAGGAAGCUGUUUCAACAUCAAACUAUCAUUUCGAAAGAACUAUAGAAUCUUUGAAGCAUAGGUUACAUCAAGAAAUACGUGCUAGACUUUUGGCUUGUAAGCAUAUAGAAACGCUAAAACAUCAGAAAGAACUUGAUUAUCAAGAUAAAGUUUGUAAAAGUAGCAGUGAAGAACAAAUAAAACAGUUGGAGAAAUCUUUAGAAGAGGAGAAGAAUAAUGUAAAAUCAUUGAAAAGGAAAAUUCAUUUGCUAAGAUCAAGUGCAUAUACGCAAGAGGCUCAUGUUCAGUCAUUAGAAGUUCAGCUGAUGGAAUACUAUAACGAAGCAUCAAAUCUUAAAUAUAAGAUAAAUGCCCAAGAAAACAUUUCGUCAAAAAAGGAUUGUGAAAUGCUAGAAGAUCUUCGUAGCAAGUUAAGAUUAUACGAUAAAGAGAGGAGUAUCUUUCUUCAAUCAACAAAACAAUUAACAACUGAUCUAGAUAUAUAUAAAUUAAAAAUGAAAGAGACAGUAAAAGAAAAUACGAAACUUAAGAGCAAAGUUGCAGUAUUUGCAUGUAAACUGCAAGAGAUGGAGCGAGAAUGCAAUUUUUUUAAGAAUUUCACAAGAUAA